AUGAGUGAAAUCCAGAGAUUACCUCAGGUGGUGAACCCAAACCCAGUGCACCCAAACGCCAAAACAACCACCCUGAUAAACAACGGCACCACCACAACGAAACUGAACAUUUCACUGCCGGUUUGUCGAAACUGCAAAACUCAAACCACCCCGCUAUGGCGACGUGAUGAGACGGGCCAGGUUUUGUGUAAUGCGUGUGGGUUGUUUUUGAAGCUUCAUGGACGGCCCCGCCCAAUCAGCUUGAAGACUGACACAAUCAAGCUGAGAAAUAGAAUCAAGCAGCCCAACUUCCUGAAAAAACAUGGAACCAACACGCCAGAAUUGAAACUGAAGGAUUCGAGAGUCUCACUGGCAAAUGCUGGUGUCAACACCGCCAAUGGCGGGAAGAAGCUGCCCAAACCUGGGAGAAAGCGGUCUCCUCCCCCAGAUUUCGCUGUGCAGCCCAAGCAUCACCAGGGACCCCAAUUCCAGCACCAGCACCAGCACCAGCACCAGCACCAGCAACCUCAACAAUUCCACCAACAGCAACACCAGCAACACCCUCCUCACUUGAUCCACCACUUGCCUGGCAUUCCUGGCUCGUCCACGGCCAUUCCUCUGCCUCUUUCUCACCCUGCUAGAGGUCCUUCACAUGGCCACUUGCCCCACCAUUUGCACCAUCUUUCGGGUUUGUCGUCGUCCCAGGUGCAGCUGUUGCACUACCCUUCGUCAACACCCACGCAGUUUGCUCCAGGCUUGCAAAGAAUCACCUCUCCUCUUAUGCUCAGUACAACUCUUCUGAACGCCAGAUCGGUGUCUUCCACAGGUGCUGCAUCUCCCAAGAGUUCUCUUUCGGCAGCUCAGGCGGCUGGCGCUUUGGAAAAUAUGCUGAAUGUGCUUGGUCCAUCUGCGACGUUCAAAGGCUCUUCCCACGAAAUGAACGGUGUGUCGUUAAUGGGCCACUCGGCAAAGACUCCUCUGUCUGCUCUUAAACAAGAGUCUCGGAUCUUGCCGGGCAUUCCUCCUUCUUCAGCUCCCUCCACGGGCGCUUCCACUAAUGUGAUUGCGUCUCCUUCGUUCGGUCCACAAUUCCAUUUAGACUCGCCCAAGAGAGACAACUCACAGGGUCUCUCAAAGCCCUCGUUGCCUCCAUUGCAGCUGAGAACGCAAAAUGCUACUUCUGCUUCAACUUUUUUGGCCCCUACAACUUCAGCACCUAACUCCGGACCCUUGCCUCCAAUCCAGAGUCUUCAUCCCGUGAAAAUGGAGGAGAGAAAUGCGUUGGACGGUGAAAACGCAAGAGUUGUGUCACAUUCGACUGGCGAAGUCCAAUCGACGCAAAACACAGCGCCCAACUCUGGAAAUGCUGGAAAUUCUCAACAGCAGUCGGGCCAGAAUGAAGGACAUGAACAGAGCUCCAACAGAAGUAGCAACAACAAUAACAACAACAACGGCGACAACGGGAACAGCAACAAUAACAAUGAUGGUAACAACGGCAAUAACGGUAACAAUGACGGUCUGAAAAAAGCAAACGAUGCGGACAGCAUUGCUUACGAGAAUACCUUGUUAAAGACUAGAAUCUCUGAAUUGGAGCUUGUCAACGACUUGUACAGAACAAGAAUCAUGGAAUUAGAGGCGAUGGAGCAGGCCGCAAGAUUGAGAGAGUCUUCCAUGAGGAGAAGAUUGGACGAAGUGAUCGCUUUGCAAGCACAGAAUGCUGCACGUCAAGGUGAUGAGGGAGAGGAGAAAAAGGCCAAAACAGAUCAGUAA